AUGGCUUUGUUGAGGGAAUAUUUACUAUUAAUUUUUAUAAUAUCAUGGCAGUUUGACGUAUUAAUAUCGGCAUGUCCUAAAAUAUGUGAAUGUAAAAAUAAUUCAACGUCCUGUGAAUUGUGUUCCUAUAAUGUAUUUAUUCAUGAAAAUAAAAACAACUUCAAUGUAGAAGUCUGCUGCGAAAAAGAUUCAACGCUGUUUCACUGGUUACAAAACAAUACGAACAAAACUUUCACGGAAGUCGUAAUACAAUACAAAAGUACGUGUAAUACGAGCAAAGUUGAGCUCGAUUUUCCUCAACUGGAUACAUAUUCAAUUACCAUGAUGAAUAAUAACAUAACAAGUUUUCGCCUAAAUAUAAAUACGAACAAUAUGAAAGAAAUGGAUUUCACAAGCAACAGAUUGGAAUAUAUAAGUAAUGGACUGUUUAAUAACUUUACGAACCUACGAAAGUUAAUUUUACGUCGAAAUUUAAUUACGAUUAUCCAAGAAAAUAGUUUUUUGAGUCUCACAAAAUUAGAAACAUUGGAUCUAUCUGAAAAUUAUCUAACAGUAUUGACUAACGUUUUCUAUCCUUUAAAAAAUCUUCAACAUCUAAAUUUAAGUCGCAAUAAUAUACAAUUCAUUCAUGACAACUAUUUCAAUAAUUGGUUACUGCAACAUUUAGAUAUAUCACAUAAUAAUCUUAAGAAAGUCACUCCUGGAGCAUUACAGCAAUUACCUAAUCUCGCACGGCUGCUUCUGACAGAUAACCCGCAUUUGGGGAUCACACAGUUGGAUACACAGCUUUUAGUUGGUACAGGUCGCAGGCUACAACAAAUUGAUGCAUCGAGAACCGGCCUUUGCCAAGUUCCUGAAGCGUUCACGCAUUCGGUACGAUUUCUAUCUCUCGUGGGAAAUAAAAUUACAUCGAUACGAUGUGGUGAUCUUGAUAGUUAUCCCCUAUUGCAGUCAUUGGACUUUUGUGAUAAUAAAAUUAUAUCUAUUGAGGAUGAUUCAUUGGGACGUCUGGAAAUGCUUUUGUUUUUAAAUAUAAACAGAAAUCUUUUAUCAACAGUACCAAGGUCACUACCAGAUGGUUUGGAGUACUUAUCGAUCAAUGAAAACUCUAUAAGCAAUCUUUCAAAACCAGAUUUUAAGGAUUUAAAACAUCUUCGAAUAUUGCUGUUAAAGGAUAACCAAAUUAAUUAUAUUCAAGAUCACAUUUUUGACGACUUACUUUCCUUAGAAAUGCUAGAUAUUUCUAAUAAUCCAAUAAAAAUGUUAUCACCGAGCACUUUCGAUGGGCCACUAUAUCUUCGGGAUUUAAGGCUUUGUCAUUUAAAUACAUCUGUACCCGAAAAAGAUGGGUCGUUUCCUUUGUCAUCGCCAGAAAGCGUUCAAAUGCUUCAUCUUCAAUCUAGCCCCGGCUUAGCGCGGCAAUUGUUAUCUGACUCAGCGGCAUUAGCGGCUUUUUCACAUCUACAGUAUUUAGAUUUGAGAAUGAACAAUAUAUCAAAAAUACGUAGUGAUCUUUUAUUUUAUUUGGGACAGUUGAAAACAUUAAGACUACAUGGUAAUAAAAUAAAUUGUAGCACAGAACUAUGGCUUUCAGAUUGGAUGAAAUGGAAUCAAAGUCUAGUAAGUACUGAGACUUGUUAUUAUUCUACAUUAGAAUCCAAAGCGGAUAUGUCUAAAUACAAUUGUACUUUUCCUGAAUCGUUUACCUUAAGUGAAAGCUUACCACCCAUAAAUUUAUAUAGUACAGAAAUGAUAAAUAAAUUAUUAAGAUACUAUGGUUAUUUAAAUAAUAAAACCGAGAAAUUUGAAAAUAGCAGCAAAGUAUUACGAAGCGAAAAACAGUUAAUUAACAAUAAUAUAAACAGAUCAGAAUAUCAUAAUACUAACAAUGGAUCAUUAGUUAAAAACUUUUCAGAUAAUAAAGUAUUAUUGCAUAACUUUUUAAAUGAAAUAUCAAAUAUGAAAGAUAAAGGAUCAUCCAAAAUUCUAGAUCAAAACAAAACCCAAAAAGAUCAAUUAAAUUCGAACCGUAGAUUUUUAGAUAUCGCAUCGCAUGUAUCGGUAAGGAUUCAGACAGAAAAAAAAGAUUACAGAGAGAUCACAGCUAUCCGUAGCGAGGAAAUAUCUGGAAAACGUUUAAAUACACCGGUAAUGACAAAGGAAACUAAACCAAUUACUAAGUUUAUUGAAAAUCAAAAUAUUCAUGAUUCUGAUGUAAGCGAGGUUAACACGGUUAAUCCGAAUGUUCGAUUGAAAUAUUCAUCGCAGCAAGGAGUUUAUAUUAACUACGCUCAGAACAUUGGCAUGGCGUCAGUAAUUAGUCUCAUGUUAGUUUCUGUUAUACUGUGGGCGAGUUUUCGUUUGAGGUAUAAGAGAAGACAACUACGAGCUUUGAAUACUGAUAUGGAGGACCAAAUAGAAGUGUCAAAUAUAUCGGGUGGAGUGUUGUGGUGA